UGCUGGCCUGGCACUCACAGUUGUGCUUCACAAACUGGAAUUGUGUGGGCUUUUUUUCCUGUGUCUGGCUCCCUGCUUCCAAGGCUUUCCAACAGGCUCCGUCCUGAACAACUGAGCCAGCCUGCGGCCCACACACAGGCCUGCUGCUCCGGCUUUGGUAACCCUUUUUGGUUGCUGGCCUGGCACUCACAGUUGUGCUUCACAAACUGGAAUGGUGUGGGCUUUUUUCCUGUGUCUGGUCCCCUGCUUGCAAGGAUUCCCAACAGGCUCCGUCCUGAACAACUGUGCCAGCCUGCGGCCCACACACAGGUCUGCUGCUCCAGCUUUGGUAACCCUUUUUGGUUGCUGGCCUGGCACUCACAGUUGUGCUUCACAAACUGGAAUGGUGUGGGCUUUUUUUCCUGUGUCUGGCCCCCUGUAUCCAAGGCUUUCCAACAGGCUCCGUCCUGAACAACUGUGCCAGCCUGCGGCCCACACACAGGCCUGCUGCUCCGGCUUCGGUAACCCUUUUUGGUUGCUGGCCUGGCACUCACAGUUGUGCUUCACAAACUGGAAUGGAGUAGGCUUUUUUCCUGUGUCUGGACCCCUGCUUGCAAGGAUUCCCAACAGGCUCCUGAACAACUGUGCCAGCCUGUGGCCCACACACAGGUAUGCUGCUUUGGCUUUGGUAACCCUUUUUGGUUGCUGGCCUGGCAGUCCCAGUUGUGCUUCACAAACUGGAAUGGUGUGGGCUUUUUUCCUGUGUCUGGUCCCCUGCUUGCAAGGAUUCCCAACAGGCUCCGUCCUGAACAACUGUGCUAGCCUGCGGCCCACACACAGGUCUGCUGCUCCGGCUUUGGUAACCCUUUUUGGUUGCUGGCCUGGCACUCACAGUUGUGCUUCACAAACUGGAAUGGUGUGGGCUUUUUUUCCUGUGUCUGGCCCCCUGCUUCCAAGGCUUUCCAACAGGCUUCGUCCUGAACAACUGUGCCAGCCUGCGGCCCACACACAGGCCUGCUGCUCCGGCUUUGGUAACCCUUUUUGGUUGCUGGCCUGGCACUCACAGUUGUGCUUCACAAACUGGAAUGGUGUGGGCUUUUUUCCUGUGUCUGGUCCCCUGCUUGCAAGGAUUCCGUCCUGAACAACUGUGCCAGCCUGCGGCCCACACACAGGCCUGCUGCUCCAGCUUCGGUAACCCUUUUUGGUUGCUGGCCUGGCACUCACAGUUUUGCUUCACAAACUGGAAUGGUGUGGGCUUUUUCCUGUGUCUGGCCCCCUGCUUCCAAGGCUUUCCAACAGGCUCCGUCCUGAACAACUGUGCCAGCCUGCGGCCCACACACAGGUAUGCUGCUUUGACUUUGGUAACCCUUCCCGUUUGCUGGCCUGGCACUCACUGUUUUGCUUCACAUUCAGGUUGUUUAUCUUUGGUGGACCUCUUCUGGACUGGACUGCACUUGGUGGACAUCGGCGUGCAGAUCUCUGCGUGGAGGAUCAACAUUGCUGGACAUCUGCAGUGGUGGACUGCAUCGCGGAGGAGAGGAGGACCAGCUGCAAGACCGCCUGAACAUCGCUGGACUGCAGGACUGGUGUUAGUGUGAGCGAGUCCGGG